AUGGAUUUCUUUAUCGUAAAGUCUUCGUAUGAAUACAACGUUCAGGAUUAUUUAAAUAAAUAUUUAAAAACUCCCUUGACUAGUACUGAGCUGUUAAUGAUGAAGUUGAAAGAACAAAUAUUAGAAGGAGACAAAAUUUACAGAUUGCUAAAGAUUUGUCUUCCAUUAUUCCAUUAUGUCAAAAGGAAGGAAGAACUAUUAAGUUUCAAUGAAAUGAAGGCAUUGAAAGCACUAACAAGCGAAUAA